AUUUUGAUUUAAUGACUUCCAGGUGGUUAUACAAUUCAUGACAAGCCAAACCCAAGAGGUGAAAUCGUAAUCGGUGGACAAAAUAUCUCCAUGGGAUAUUUUAAAAAUGAAGAGAAAACGGCAGAAGAUUAUUCUGUGGAUGAAAAUGGCCAAAGGUGGUUUUGCACUGGUGAUAUUGGAGAAUUUCAUCCCGAUGGAUGUUUACAGAUUAUUGAUCGUAAGAAAGAUCUGGUGAAGUUACAAGCAGGAGAAUAUGUAUCUCUUGGGAAAGUGGAAGCUGCACUGAAGAACUGCCCACUUAUUGACAACAUCUGUGCUUUUGCUAAAAGUGACCAGUCCUAUGUGAUUAGUUUUGUGGUUCCUAAUCAAAAACGGUUGACACUUUUGGCACAACAGAAAGGGGUGGAAGGAACUUGGGUUGAUAUCUGCAAUAAUCCUGCCAUGGAGGCUGAAAUACUGAAAGAAAUUAGAGAAGCUGCAAAUGCCAUGAAAUUGGAACGAUUUGAAAUUCCAAUCAAGGUUCGAUUAAGCCCAGAGCCAUGGACCCCUGAAACUGGUUUGGUCACUGAUGCUUUCAAACUGAAAAGGAAGGAACUGAAGAACCAUUACCUCAAAGACAUUGAGCGGAUGUAUGGGGGCAAAUAAAAUGUUGCUCUCCUAUUUACAGUUGUGCAGGAGGUUGCCUGGUGUUUUUUCAGCUGUCUGUUAGAAUAUAAGGUAUAUUGUUUAAAGAAAUGGUAGUAAAAAUACCAAGUGAUUAAGAUAAUUGUUAAGUCUACUUUAAGUUAGUUUUGUAUAGUUCUAGUGAAGCUUAAAUUGAAAAGUUAUUUCCCUUUAGCUGUGUUAUUAAUUUUAGAGCAAAAAUUUUGUUUUUAAAAAUUAGCCUAAGAUAUACCUGUUUUCAUAAGAGAAAUAUUUAAUGUUCAACAAAAUAAAUUGGAGUUGGAGUAGAAUGCAGUUUGAGGAAAUUUGCAGCUUCUGAGGUCUAUUGUCUUUCUAGUUCAGAAGAAGCUUAAAUAUCAAGCAUGACAAAAAUAUGUAUUAACACUACUCAAAGCAGAAGUGCUACAGGCCUUUAAAAUUCUCUUGCAGCCAUUUAUCUUAAAGGAAUAAAUUCAAUCAUAAUAUAAUAUACAGAAUCAAAUUAUACUUUGGAAGCCAUCUUAGGAUUCAUAAUUAUUGCAUAGGUUAGACAUAGAAUCAUUGUAAUACUGUGAAUAAUUACAGUUCCUGAAGUAAGAAUAAAACAGCAUAAACACCAAAAAUAUCUAGUAAUAUAUUUAAAGGGAAAUUGAACUGCUUUUUUGAAACUUGGAGGUCUGAAAUCAGUAACUGUAAUUAUUUGAAUGACUUAAGAGUAUUUAAAUACAUUUGAAAAAAAUGCCGAAAAUUGUCUUUCUCUCUUCAAAAUGUAAGACUGAGACCAAGAGUAAAAUAAAAGAAGUUAAUCAGAUUUUAACAGGAAGCAUUUUCUGUUAGAAAAGGUGAGGAAACUAUAAAUGUUUAGAGUCAGGACCCUUGCACAGCCCUGAACCUGGGAGAGGAUUUAAACUCUGAAUUUAUCUUUAAUAACAGGGACUGAUUUAAAAUGUGCUCAAAUUAAAUUAUACUUGUAAUUUCAGGUCUGUUUGCUGUUGCUGACUGGAUUCUUGAGCAAUAGUUUAUAUUUCAGAAAGCCUUUCAUUUUGCUUUAACUUUAGCAAAGCAGGUUGUGAUGAAUGACUUCUCCAAUAUCACGUUUGAAUCUAUGAAUGAUUAAGUAACUUGGUCGAGUUUGGGGAAGUUAAAGGGAAGAACACACUGUUACCACUGUUUUCCUGUUUGUGAGAAGAGUUUAGAAACUGGAAAUGCCAGAUUCAGGAAAAGGGAAGUUACUUAAAAAGGGACUGAUAUUUGUGCAGUAACUUGGAGUAUGGGCUUCUUUUUGAAUCAGGGAUUAUAUAUAUAUCCCUGAUAGAUAUUCACACUUGACCCAUAGUUACUGUAAAAAGCAAAAAUUAUUAAUACUGUUACUCUUUGCACUUUUUUCUUAUUCAUUAUAUAUACACAUAUACAUAUACAUAUAUAUGUAUAUGUAUAUGUAUAUGUAUAUGUUGCUUACAUUGCUUUGUACAGAUGUGGGCCACCACUGCAACAAAAUACAUUCUUUUUGCUCUAAAAUAUUUAUAAUGAAAAUAUUUAAAUGUUAUGUAUAUGGUGAUAAAAAAGAAAAAAUCAUCUGGUGUUGUUAUAAGCAAGAAUGAAGGUUUUGUAAAGAUUUCUGUUCAGUGUUCUGCAGUGUAAAAUUUGAGGUAUGUUCUCCCUGCAGUUAUGUAUAUGUGAGUAUUCUCAUUCUUCUCAGCUUGCCUUUGAAGAGUGAAAAAACAUUAUCAUCAAGUAGACUACUAUUCAGCUUCUGCUGUUUCUGGCCCACUGUUGAUCCUUUAAAGAUGAUUUUCUUAGACUUUUUCAAUAUGCGAUUUUUUUCCCCCACUUGGAAUUGUGGUUUUAAACGUGCAAGUGCAUGCAUAUUCACAUAUUUGCACCCCCACCCACUCCAUCUCCCGAAAGCUAGAACACUGCCAACUAAUCUGUUGUAUAGGUCCUUUAGAAACACGUAAUUAACACUUAAGGUUAGGUGCUGCUAAUUCUUUGUGAAAAUCCAAAUAUUGUUUAGGGACCAGGGAGAUGCCAAUACCCCCUAAUUUUUCAUUAGGAAAUAUACAUGUUUAUGUAAACAGAUCUUUCCAUAUUCAUAGUGACUUUUCAAAUAUUUGAGCCUAAAGAUUUUGAUCCUACUCUUUUAUACCUGUUUAAAUCAUUCACUGUUGUUAUUACAUGUCAGCUGGUCAAAUAAAGUUGUACUUUAAAAAUGUACUACAGUUAUAUACAUUUCUAAGUUGAACAUGUGUGACUUUUACAUUAAUUACAUGGAAGUAUCUUGCCUCCUUGAUAUUUGUAUUGAUUUUUUUCCCCCUAGAGUGAAGGUAUAAUUGUAUGGCUUUUCAGAAAUGAGAUACAGAUGACUGAUUCAAAAAGUCAGAAAUUAAGGACAGUAACAUUUCUUUGAUCAUAAAGACUGAUUAGUAAUCCUCGCUUAUAUUUUCCUGAUAGCAUAUGACAAAUGUUUCUGAAAUAAGCAGAUGAAAACAGGUUAAAGAUUGUGUGGUAUUUAGAAUUUAGAGAGAAAUAUUUUAAUUUUCAAAUAUAGUUACAAAUUAGAAUGUAUUCAUAUUUGUACUUUCUGUUAAAAUGCACGAUUGCAGGAUUGUUACUUAGAUUUUUGUUUAUUGUUGAUGAAAAGCUUUGUUCUUGUUUUUAAGUUUGCACUCAAAUCUUAAAUAAAUCCACCCAUGUUAUCAA